AUGUGCUCCGAUUUCUUGGCCGACAUUAACAACAACCACGCAAAGGAAUGUCGAAUGAACUGGGGACCUAAGUUUGUCCGCGGGAUAAAGGCAAUCACAGCGCUUGGUCAGCUCCUCCUCGCAGCACGUUCAGAGUUGAAUGUAUCGGCUCUCGAGAUUCCUGGCAGCUAUGACAACCGUGGCAAGCUACUAACAAUUGGAGAGAAAGUCCAGUGCUGUUCAAGAUUGUAUCUAGAAGCGUUUGCCAAAUCUGAACAAAGUUUAGGCAAGCUUUCUGAGACUGCUUGGGAGCUGGCGCAUUCUCGCGGUUCGCUUCAUCACGUAACAGAAGUAUUUCGCAAAGAAAAUUCAGCCGUCGCAUACUCUUCUUUCCGAGAUGAAUGGGACCGAGUACAUCAAUACCUCAACAACGUUGGACAGCACGCGAGCGCAUGUUUCGAAUCUUGGAAUCAUCUCCUGUCUUUUAUUCAAGAGUUUGAAGCAAUUGUCAAUGAUAUGAUUAUGUCUAGGAUGUUCCUGUGUGCCCUUCUCGUUCUCAGGGCCGGAAUUAAGAAAUCAGGUUACAAGGCGUUACUAGACGACAACGAUGGAGAUCAAACUCGUGAUCUCGAAAUCGAAAUAGAACGUCUGACUCAGAAGCACAAGCUUAACGCCACCGUGUGUCAGACGCUUCAAAUGAUGGGUAGCUCACUGGCCUCUGCGAUAGGCGGAAUACGGGAUACUCACGACUCCUACAAGGCUGUGUUUGAUAGACUCAACAGUAUGAAUGAGGAUAAGAUCGAUCGUUUCAAGAGAACCAUGAAUAAAAUCUCCCAUUUGGUCAGUUACGAUGAGUCUUACCCCCCGAACCGCACGACCGAUCAUCCGAACCGCACGACCGAUCAUCGGCCGCGAGAUUCCAAAGACGUAAAGGAUUUGAAGAAGCCAGCAGAAAGUAACGAGAACCCAGGAACUGCGUGA